CCGCAAUAAAUUUGCGUCAACUUUAUUUGUACGCCGGGAUGGGAGCCUCACUGGUCGUUCACACUUUGGGUUUUCUCUUUUGCGGCACCUUGCUGAGUUUCGUCUAUGGUCUGGUUGAUGCUGAUGAUGUCCUCACAAAGGAAGAACAAAUCUAUCUUCUCUUCAGUGCAAAGCGAAAAUGCGAGCGGAUUAUCAAGUCUAAACAUAAAACCGGGGAGGGUUACUGCCUGCCAGAGUGGGACGGCAUCGUGUGCUGGCCCGAGGGAGCUCCUGGAAGGAUGGUGUCCACUGCCUGCCCAGAAUACAUCUAUGACUUCAACCACAAAGGACAUGCCUAUCGUCGCUGUGACACCAAUGGGACCUGGGAACUGGCUUCAAGUAACAACAAAACUUGGGCUAAUUACAGCGAGUGUGCCAAAUUUCUCACUCAUUAUAACCAGAAUCAAGAGAGGGAGGUUUUCGACCGACUUUACCUCAUCUACACGGUGGGCUACUCCAUCUCUCUGGGAUCACUUAUGGUGGCGACGGUCAUCCUGGGAUACUUUCGGCGGUUACACUGUACCAGGAACUACAUCCACAUGCACCUGUUUGUAUCGUUCAUGUUGAGAGCCAUUAGUAUCUUUGUGAAAGAUGUGGUGUUGUAUUCGGGUGCUGCGUUAGAGGAAAUGGAACGCAUAACUGUCGAGGAUCUGAAGUCCAUUACAGAAGCCCCUCCUGCCAACAAAACCCAGUUUAUUGGCUGUAAGGUAGCGGUGACUCUUUUCUUGUACUUCCUGGCGACUAAUUAUUACUGGAUCCUGGUGGAGGGCCUGUACCUGCACAGCCUUAUCUUCAUGACCUUCUUCUCAGACAGGAAGUACCUCUGGGGCUUUACUCUGAUUGGCUGGGGUGUUCCUGCGAUGUUUGUGACUGUCUGGGCCAGUGUGAGAGCCACUCUUGCUGACACUGAGUGCUGGGAUUUAAGCGCAGGAAACCUGAAAUGGAUUGUGCAGAUCCCCAUUCUGACAGCAAUCGUUGUAAAUUUUUUGUUGUUCCUGAAUAUAAUUCGAGUUUUGGCAACAAAACUUAGAGAAACAAAUGCGGGGCGAUGCGACACCAGACAACAGUACAGAAAGCUGUUAAAAUCGACCCUGGUCCUCAUGCCGUUGUUUGGCGUUCACUACAUAGUGUUCAUGGCAAUGCCCUAUACAGAUGUUUCUGGCGUACCAUGGCAAAUCCAGAUGCAUUAUGAAAUGCUCUUUAACUCAUUCCAGGGAUUCUUUGUUGCAAUUAUAUAUUGCUUUUGCAAUGGAGAGGUCCAGGCAGAAAUCAAGAAGUCAUGGAGUAGGAGGACACUUGCUUUGGACUUUAAGAGGAAAGCCCGUAGUGGCAGUAACACAUACAGCUAUGGACCCAUGGUGUCCCACACGAGCGUCACAAACGUGACCGCACGGGGCCCUCUGGCCCUGCACCUUACCACCCGCCUGGGGCCUGUCACCAUCAAUGGCCACCGGAAUCUUCCGGGUUACGUGAAGAACGGCUCCGUCUCCGAGAACUCCAUCCCGUCUUCGGGUCAGGAGAUCCAUAUCCAGGAGGAAGAGCCUUCAAAGAACUUCCAAGACGAAAAAACAACCCCAGUGGUGGAGGAAGAGCGAGAAACUGUCAUGUGA